AUGGUCUAUGAUUGGGCCGGUAAGCGGGACAUCUGCUACCGCAUGUACAUCCAGGACAAAAAGGCUCUGGAAGAGAUCAUGGAGUACAUGCGAACCGCUUAUCAGUUCGCUCCAAGCAAACGCGCCUUCCAAACCCAAUUCAAACGGUGGGGAUUCCCCUCGAAGCAAAACCCAGCGCAUAAAAAUGUCCAGCUCGUCGCUCGCGUCAAGGUGCUAUGGGAACAUAACACCAAUCAACGCGAUAUGCUCCGGAUCCUCAACGAGGAAGGAUUCGAAAUUAAAGAGCGGGAGCUGAUGCGCGUGCGCGCGAAGAAUCGCUGGUUACUUCGUGUUCCUAAUGGGAUGAAGUCGCAAUUGCAGUCGCAGUCGCAGUCGCAAUCGAACACGAUGGCCCAAGAUGCGAAUGGAAAUGCGAAUGCGAAUGCGCAGGCGCAGCAACAGGCUGACGAGGAUGAAGGUCUUCUCGCUCUGCAACAGGAGGUGUACAAACAAGAUGCCGAUUUCGAAGGUGCCAGUGCUGCUCCUGGUAUGUCUGGGAAUAUGCCGUCCCAAUCAGGAACGCCGAUGAUGGAAGACCCCUCGCCGCGAAUUUCAGCAGAAGUCGCGGCUAAACGUAAAGAACGCCUCGACCAGCUGAAGUCGGAAAGUGCAGAGCGAUGGGCGUCGAGGAAACGACGGCGUCGAACGAGAGGGUGGGCGGGCAUGCCGGCUGAUCCACCGGGUCCGCCUAGAUUUCCGUCCGAGACCACGAUUGACGAAAGCAAGCAGUACCUCAACCUGGAUAACACCAUGUACCGCCAAACGCGGGAUCAUUUCCAGCGCAUUUGUGAAGAGGCGGGGUUUGUUAAAAAGACGGCUGCUGGCCCGGAAAGAUGGCAAGCAGCUAAGGACAGGUUGAUUCAGGAAUCACCGCAUCUGCAGCAGGUUUUCAAUGCCGAGCCUAAUCAGCGUGAUGCGAAGGCUUUGGCUUUGGAUGUUGUUUGCACCGACGUGACGAAGCGCAUGAGGACGCUUGAGCGGCGGAUGACGAUUGCCGAGGCUAAGAAUGCUUUGGGCAUUAAUCCGGAGGAAAGUCGGCAGAUACGAAAUGCCUUUUAUGAUGCACUGCGCGCGGAUCAUUUCACCAGCAAGCUUGAAGCUGGCGAUGAUCACUGGCAGGAUUUGAAAACGCAGUGGAUUCGGAGUUCGGCGCUCCUUCAACGGAUCCUUGAGCCUGGGCAAGCUGAUCCGGGCCAUAUUUUGAAACUCAAGGCCAUGGAGGUUCUUUGUCGAGAUGUGAUGAAACGACUGCGUGAUGAUCAGACUAAGCGCGAUCCAGCGCGGAAAAGAUCUACACCGCGCAGCACCCAGAAUCAGAAUCAGAAUCAGAAUUCGCCAUCAUCAAAUGCUGUUACUUCCCACUUGGGCAGCAUGAUUGAGAACGGCAUCAGUAAUGGGAUAAGUACACUCGCUUCACAAGCCCUCGCCAGCGCACCGAUAACAGGCCAUGACAUUGGCGAUAUGCAAAUUGACCCUUCUCUACUGCAAGCCGCAAACGACACAUCAUUCACGAAUACACAGCAUACACAUGAUGCUGUUGGGGGAGGAUUCGAAUACAUGGAUCCGAUCAUCAACGCAAAUCUCCUGAACACGCACAUUUCGUUUGAAAUAAGCCCGCAGAGUCAUUUACAGGGCCCUCCGCCGAAAAAUUGGAUAGAGAAAUUGAGCACCAGGUCGAUGGAGGAGCUGAGGCAGCUUAUCUCGGCUAAAUACCCCUACGCCAUUGUCAGUAAGAUCGAGGGUAUAGAUCAAGAUGAACAUGGGACUGAACAUUACUUUCCUAUUGAGGAGGAUCCUGAGUUGGAUUCUUAUCUUGCCCAUGUUGCUAGUCAUGGUAGGAAGGCUUCGUUUAAUCUGACGCUGGGACAGAUCUGA